GGAGGAGGAAAUGGAAACAAAGGAGGAGGAAAUGGAAACAAGGGAGGAGGAAAUGGAAACAAGGGAGGAGGAAAUGGAAACGGAAAUAAAGGAGGAGGGAACGGAAAAGGCAAGCAGAAGAAAUUAAUUAAUGGGGUCGAUGCAGACUAUUAUGCGCCAGAUGAUGCUGAUGGAUAUUCUCCAGCAGCUAAACGGAGAAUUAUGCGGUAUUGUACGGAAAAUCAGAACGAUCCAGAAUGUAAACCUGAAUGGAUUAUAACUGAAGGAGAAAUACCUGAAGCACCUUAUGGUCCAGGUAAAGGGAAAGGCAAAAAAGUGAGCUAA